CAGAGGGGCGGGGCGGGGGGGGGAGGGUCGCUCGGCGCCUCUGCGCCUGCGCCUGCGCCUGGGCGCAAGGUGGGGCUGCGGGCGCCGGCGCAGGGUUAGGGGGGCAACUUUCAACCGUCACCCCGAGAAGGGUGGCAGCGGGAUGGCGACGGCAUCUGGGUCCUCGGACUUAGCCGUCUCCCGAGCGCCCUCGCCUGGUGGGGGUAUCCAGGCGGCGGGUGCGGCGGCCGCUGUGGCCGCUGCGGCCGAGGAGGAGGAGCGAGAGGUGGUCCGGGUCCGAGUCAAGAAAUUCGACAACUUCUCAUCCACCACCGAAUUCCGUUCUUUUGCCGUGGACCCGCAGAUCACCUCCCUCGAUGUUUUACAACACAUCCUCAUCCGAGCCUUUGACUUGAAUGGAAAGAAGAACUUUGUCAUCAGCUAUCUGGGCCGGAACCGACUAGGCCAGGAAGCCUACCUUUCCCUCCUUUCUGACUGGGACCUCAGCACGGCUUUCACCACCGCCUCCAAACCUUACCUACAGCUGCGCGUGGAGAUCCGGCCCUCUGAAGACAGCCCGCUGCUCGAAGACUGGGACAUAAUCAGCCCCAAGGAUGUCAUUGGCUCUGACGUGCCGCUGGCUGAGAAGCGGUCAUCACUGACAAGCGCUGCCCUGCCCUUCACACAGUCCAUCCUCUCUCAGGUGGUUGGCAGGACUUUGUCAAAGGUUCAGCAGGUGCUGAGCUGGUCCUACGGGGAAGACAUCAAGCCCUUCAUGCCACCCCUGAGCGACGCUGAAUUUCACACCUACCUGGACCAUGAGGGCCAGCUCUCCCGCCCCGAUGACCUACGCCUACGUAUCUAUCAUGGAGGUGUCGAGCCCUCCUUACGUAAGGUGGUAUGGCGGUACCUGCUGAAUGUGUACCCCAAUGGGCUGAGUGGCCGCGAGCGAAUGGACUACAUGAAACGAAAAAGCCGAGAAUACGAGCAGCUCAAGAGCGAGUGGGCACAGCGAGCCAGCCCCGAGGACCUGGAGUUCAUCCGUAGCACCGUCCUAAAGGACGUUCUGCGCACCGACCGGGCCCACCCCUACUACGCAGGGCCGGAGGACGGCCCCCAUCUGCGGGCGCUGCAUGACCUACUCACCACCUACGCUGUCACCCACCCCCAGGUGUCCUACUGCCAGGGCAUGAGCGACCUGGCCUCACCUAUCCUGGCCGUCAUGGACCACGAGGGCCAUGCCUUUGUCUGCUUCUGUGGCAUCAUGAAGCGCCUGGCUGCCAACUUCCACCCUGACGGCCGCGCCAUGGCCACCAAGUUCACCCACCUCAAGCUGCUGCUGCGCCACGCGGACCCCGACUUCUACCAGUACCUGCAGGAGGCUGGCGCCGACGACCUCUUCUUCUGCUACCGCUGGCUGCUGUUGGAGCUCAAGCGUGAGUUCGCCUUCGACGAUGCCCUCCGCAUGCUUGAGGUCACCUGGAGCUCCCUGCCCCCCGACCCCCCAGAACAUGAGGUUGAGCUGGUGGGACCCCCGAGUCAAGGGGCAGAUGCAGGCUUUGGUGGCCACAGGGUGCGGCCCGUGCGACAGAGGCACAUGCUGAGGCCAGCUGGGGGAGGCGGCGGCAGCGCUUUUGACGAGGCCAUGGGCCACCUGCCCAUGGCUGGGCCUGGGCCAGGCGGUGGCGGCAGCAGCAGUGGCGGUGGAGGACGCCUCCUAAGACAAGCAAGCCUGGAUGACCUUCAGCAACUCAGGGAACACACUGGCCCCAGGAGAGACCCUCUGAAUCCACUUCCUGGCCUGGCCGCCCUCAUGAGCUCCAAGUCCCUCUCGGAGCCCUUGCUGAAUUCACCUGACCCGCUGCUCUCCUCCUCUUCCCGCCCGGACUCCCCGUCCUCCUCCUCCCCACCAUCCACCCGGGAGGCCUCACCCAGUGGCGAGGAGGCAGCAACGGGCUCCCCUCUGAUGCCAGAGAUGGCUUCCCCAGAAACCACUGGGAGACCCUUCCCCCCACCACCCCCACUCGGCCUGCCCCCACCCCAGGAGUUUGGCCGGGGCAACCCGUUCAUGCUUUUCCUCUGCCUGGCCAUCCUGCUGGAACACCGCGACCACAUCAUGCGCAACGGGCUGGACUACAACGAACUGGCCAUGCACUUCGACCGUCUGGUGCGGAAACACCACCUGGGCCGUGUACUGCGCCGGGCCAAGGCCCUCUUUGCCGACUACCUGCAGUCGGAAGUGUGGGACUCGGAGGAGGGGGCCGAGGCCACAGCCCCAUCGUGAUCUGGCUUCCUCCAGCCCACCACAAGCGCCACCAGACCUCCAUUCUUGACUGUGAAGACUGAUGUGUGUGACUACCCCCCCACCUCCCUGCCUGCCAGCUCAUGACCUACUGGGGUGGGGGAGGGGGCUCUUUCCCCAGAUUUGAGAAUAUAGGGCUCUGCUUCAGCACUGCCCCGCAGAGGCCACAGCCUCUGUCUCUGUUCUCAUCCUUUCGUUUUUAACAACUUUACUUUGCACACAUGAAGGUCACUGUGGUCUGUGUAUUUCUCUGCCACCUCCUUGCUCUCUCCUCCCGAGCCUCCUUCCCUGGCAAAUCAGAAAUAUGGCCCUCGGUGGUACAUCCUGCUGCCCCAGCGGCAGGAAUGCAUAUUCCUACUACUUUUUUUUUUGUCUCCAGGCUUGGUGCCUGCACUACAAAUCCACUGCUCCUGUGGCCAUUUUUUCUUUGGAUAGGACAGACGAAAUUGAGAGAGGAGAAGAUAGAGAGGGGAAGAGAAUGAUAGACAUCUUGAGGCAUGCUUCACUGCUUGAAUUGCCCCACCUCCCCACCCCCCACAAGUUGGGGAGCCAGCGGCUCAAACCAGGAUCCUCGCACCACAGCCCCUUGCACCACAGCCCCGGCAUAUUCCAAUUCCUGAACUGAAUCCCAGGUCGAGGACUGCUUGAGGAAGGCCUGAGGCAAUGCUGUUUUUUUUUUUUUAAGGCUAUGUUCUGUUGCCCCUGUCUGCUUGUGAAGCUAUUAACUCUUGUGUUCAGGACAUGCUCCUGGAUAAGGAAUGGGGGUGGGGGGAGAGUUUCUGAUUCCAAAGGACAAAAGUCCCUCCAAACACUGACAAAAUGGACCACUCAACAGCACUGGACCAGCCACUUCUAGUAUGCCACAUGUCACCGUUUCCAGAAUCUAGAAGUGUUUAUUUGUCUUACCAGAGCACUACUCAGCUCUGGCUUAUAGAGAUGCUGGAGAUUGAACCUGGUGCCUCACACACAAAAGUCUUUUUGCAUGAUCAUGCUAUCUCCCCAACCCACUCUAAAAGCCUCUUGUCACUUGCUUUGGGGUCAAUUUGAGAGACGAGUUUGCCAUGACUGAGCCCUGGAGCCCUAAACUGGGUUUUCGAAAGCUUAUGGAUAGAUGUCUUUUAAAAAAUAUUCAUUUA